AUGAGCUCAGAUGUAUUGCCUGUGGUAGCUGCCGGGUUAGCUGGUCUAUUAGGGAGCAUGUACGUCGAUGCUAAAUUCUUGCUCAGCAAGGACAUACAUCAAUUAAGAAGCGGUGCAGCCGCUACACUAGCGCUGAAAGUAUGGGGAUUUCAAGACAAGCUGCAUUUCUAUUACAGAUUCAAAGAGAAAGCAAAAGCUCAUCCCGAUAAAAUUUUUGUAAUGUUUGAAGGUAGAAAGUACACAUUUCGUGAAGUUGAGAAAGCAUCGAAUAAACUGGCACACUGGUUAUUAGCACAGAAUGUAAAGCGAGGAGAUGUUGUUUGUAUGAUGCAUCAAAAUCACCCAACGUUUUUCAUGGCAUUGCUUGCUAUCAGUAAAAUUGGCGCUGUUCCUUCUUUCAUCAAUACGAAUCUAACGGAUGAUCCUUUACUGCAUUGUAUCAAAAUCUCUAAUACAAAAGUAUUCAUAUUCGACCCCGUCUAUAAAGCUCAAGUGCUUCCCAUUGUCGAGUCAUGCCGUCAAUUAAAAGUAGACUUAAUAGCCUAUGGCGAAUCGACUUUUGAAUAUGAAUUAUCGCCCUUGACUUUUGCAACAACCCUUACGCCCAACGUCUUGUCGCAUUUUAGUGAUAGCGACACCAACGAGGAUUGCCUUAAAGGGGUGGAUCCUUCAGAUCCAGCAUAUUUGAUAUAUACUAGUGGAACAACAGGCAUGCCGAAGGCUGCCAUCAGCCAACAUGCACGAGUAAAUUUCGCUAUGGUCAUGUAUUCUUAUAUUGUUGGCAUGCGCAGGGAUGAGCGAGUCUAUUGCGUAUUGCCAUUAUACCACAGUUCAGGAAUGAUUGUUACAUCAGCUGUAACCCUGUACUCCGGAGGCACUCUUGUCCUCGGCAGAAAAUUUUCUGCAAGUCGCUUUUGGAAAGAUUGCGUCGAAUAUAAAGUUGACAUCUUUACGUAUAUUGGUGAGUUUUGUAGGUAUCUGUUGAGCCAACCACCUCAAUCUGCAGAAAACAAUCAUAAAGUAAGACUAGUCUACGGCAACGGUAUGAGACCCGAUGUUUGGAACCGAUUUAGAGACAGGUUCAACAUCCCCAAGAUUUGCGAAUUCUACGCUGCAACAGAAGCUCCAACAAGUUUAUUUAAUGUCAACACAGGAGAGAUGGGUGCAGGAGCUGUCGGCCUACGAGGGAAGCUAUUCCGCUUGAUACGUAGUGAAGUUCAGCUGAUUAAAAUUGAUCCAAUAACUGAGGAGCCUUUAAGAGAUAAAAAUGGCCUCUGUAUCAAGUGCAAGUUUAAUGAACAAGGGGAGCUACUGGUGCGUCUUGAUACGGACGGGCCUAUCCAGUUCGACGGCUAUUAUAAAAACGAGGGUGCAACCAAGAAAAAGAUCCUAUCGAAUGUGCUUGUAAAAGGAGACACUUAUUUUAGGAGUGGUGACUUACUUCAACUGAACCCAGAUGGCUACUUUUUUUUCGGUGAUCGUGUGGGCGACACAUUCCGUUGGAAAUCUGAAAACGUAGCUACUACAGAAGUUUCUCAAGCUCUAGGGAUAUAUCCUGGAAUUGCUGAAGCUAAUAUAUACGGUACGCUGGUUCCUCACCACGAUGGCCGUGCUGGUAUGGCUGCUCUAGUUUUGAAAGAUGGUGAAAAAAUUGAUUUGAGCGAUCUCCUGAAAUAUCUUCGCCAAAAAUUACCAAAGUAUGCUAUCCCUCUCUUUAUACGUUUUGUACCUGCUAUGGUAAUCACUGGUACAUUCAAGCAACAGAAGGUAGAAUAUCGAAAUCAAGGAAUCGAUUUGACGAAAAUUCCCGAAACCGAUCCAAUUUACUGGUUGAAAGGAGACACAUAUGUACCUUUUACCAACAAUGAUUAUUUAAGCUUAUGUGACGGUAAGGUUAAAUUAUAG